GAUUCAGCAGCAGAAGAAGAAGAAGAGCAAAAAGUCGCCCGGCUGGAAGUUUAGCCUGGAUCUGAGCCACCCUGUCGAGGAUGGCAUCCUGGACUCUGCCAACUUUGGAAGGCGUCUCGCUCGGCCGGCCGACGAGAUCGCGUGACGGCUUCUGGAGCUCGUUGCGCUCGUCCGUCCGUCCUCCGUUCAUCCUGCCGUCCUUCCAUCGCACAUCAACUGAGGAUGGCGUCCUUGAGGAAGUGAGCCCCCCCCCCCCAUGUCGUCCCGGACGGACGCCUGGCGCCGGCGGCUUCUGCGCACCAAGCCCGCGGGGGCCACGGCGCGGGGGGGCGAGGAGCCGUCGGGUCUGGCCCAGGCGCUGAGCGCCCUGGACUUGGUGUCGCUGGGCGUGGGCAGCUGCGCGGGCACCGGCAUGUACGUGGUCGCCGGGCUGGUGGCCAAGUCUGUGGCCGGGCCGGGCGUCGUCCUGUCGUUCGUCGUCGCCGCCGCCGCCUCCGUUCUGUCGGGCGUCUGCUACGCGGAGCUCGGCGUGCGCGUUCCCAAGACGACGGGCUCGGCGUACACGUACAGCUACGUGACGGUGGGGGAGUCGGUGGCCUUCCUGAUCGGCUGGAACCUGAUCCUGGAGUACCUGAUCGGGACGGCGGCGGGGGCGUCGGCCCUCAGCGCCGUCUUGGACUCGCUGGCCGACCGCGGCGUCGGCCGCUACGUCGCGGCGCACCUGGGCACGCUCGCGGGACUGGGCCAAGGCGAGCGCACGUUUCCCGACCCGCUGGCCAUGCUGAUCGUGCUGCUGGUCACGCUGGUGGUGGCGCUGGGCGCGCGCAACUCGGCGGGCCUCAACAACGUCCUGAACGGGAUCAACGCGCUGGUCUGGGUCUUCGUCGUCACGGCCGGCCUUUUCUUCCUCUCCGCCGAGAACUGGGAGGACGGCCGCUUUCUGCCCUACGGCUGGUCGGGGGUGACGCGGGGCGCGGCCACCUGCUUCUACGCCUUCAUCGGCUUCGACAUCAUCGCCACCGCGGGGGAGGAGGCGCGGAACCCCGCCGGCGCCAUUCCCUACGCCAUCACCGCCUCGCUGCUCACGUGUCUCUGCGCUUACGUGUCGGUGAGCGUCAUCCUGACCCUGAUGGUCCCCUACGACCUCAUCGACGGCUCGGCGCCGCUCGUGGAAAUGUUCGCUGCGCGCGGCUUCCUGUUGGGGAAGUACGCGGCGGCGGCGGGAUCCCUCGCCGGCCUCGGCGCCUCGCUGCUGGGCUCGCUCUUCCCCAUGCCGCGCGUCAUCUACGCCAUGGCGGCCGACGGGCUGCUCUUCAGGGGCCUGUCGGCCGUGUCGCCGCGGACGCGCACGCCGGUGGCGGCGUGCGUCCUUUCGGGCUUCCUGGCGUCGCUCGUGGCGCUGCUGGUGAGUCUGCGCGACCUGAUGGAGAUGAUGUCCAUCGGCACGCUGCUGGCGUACACGCUGGUCAGCGUGUGCGUGCUGCUGCUACGCUACCAGCCCGACGGCGAGGCGGGAGACGGCCCCGAGCUCCACGGUAACGCCGCGUUUUGCCGUUCAGAGAAACUGUCAAACGUUUGGAGCGACUCGGCCCACGUAGCGCCCCCGGGUUCUCCAAUUCUCUUCCCUCGCGGUCCAAUCGAACUUGAUUUGUGUUCAGUUCCCUCCGGUGACGAGUCCCAAACGGACCUCGCGUCGCGGCCGCCUAGAUUUCCGGGCGUCGCGGCGGCGGCGGCUCGGCCCACGACAUCGAGCGGGCGCACGGCGACACGCUGCACGCUGGCUUUCUUCGCGCUGUCUUUCCUGCUGUGGAGCGCCGUCAUCUUCGGCGUCGAGCGUGGAACGGGGGCCGCCGCCGUCUGGGGUCUCGCGGCGGCGCUGACGGCCGCCGCCAUGGCCGCGCUUUUGAUCGCGGUGGCGCGCCAGCCUCAGAGCGGACGGCGCUUGGACUACGCGGCGCCCUGCGUGCCCUUUGUCCCGGCGGCGGCCAUCUUGGUCAACACCUACCUGAUGCUCAAGUUGUCGGCGCUCACGUGGGCGCGUUUCACCGUCUGGUGCGCCGUCGGCCUGCUGAUCUACGUUUUCUACGGCGUGCGGCACAGCUCGCUGGAGGUGGACGCUCGCCAGGAGGAAGCGCGCGCCAGCUCCUAUCAACGCUUCGACGACCCCCAGGAGGGGGACGCCGGACUCUACCCGGAAAGCGACUUCUGUUACCAGAACGACGCGGGCCUGAGCGAGGACGACGGCGGACAUUUUGGCUACCAGAGAGGAGGAGGAUGAUGAUGAUGGCUGAACAGUCGCGCCUCGGGACAACCAAUGAGACGACGACUGCGGCAUGAACAAAGAGAAAAGGAAAAAGAACUAGCGAAGGGACGGCCAGGCCGGCAGCAAACAUCACCGCGACGACUUCGGCACCGUAAAGGUCGGGAUGCACACGCGUGGCUGACAGCGUUUUGAGUUUUUCGUGUUCAGUUUGAAACUUGAUUUGUUGAGUGCUAAAUGUUGUGAUGCUUGCGUGGAAUAAAUAUCAAGUUGAAAAGUU